GCCGAUAUAUCAAGUGAAGGUUAUUCUGAUAAUCUUGACCUUCUAAACGCAUUAAAAGAUCGAAUAAAUAUAAUGUUUAUAAAAAUUCAAAGAUUAGAAGGAAGAAACAGAAGAUUAGAGACGAAGGAAAUUUAUUUUCAGGCCGAAAUAGAUUCAUUAAAAAGAGAAAGCAAAGAUCUGAUAAAAGAAAACGAAACUUUAAAGAAUGAAAAAACAGCAACCAAAAAUGCCGUUUCACAUUUAGAUGAGAUAUAA